AUUUUGAAAUUUUAUUUGAUAAAUCGGAAAACAAAUUGAAUACAAAUUUUUUACCCAAAAUUUCAGAAUGUUCUUUACGGUGCGUAACCUCUCCAAUCGCACCUCUCAGGUAGUGAAUUAUGCCUAUGUUCAGUAUCGACUGCUUAGCUCUACCACCAAGACAAAGGGUCUGCCCCGCCUGAUUAAGGCCAUACAGGGCAGCUCUAAGGAUCAGCUAGCCGAUGAUCAUUUGCACAUGUUAGAGGAUCAUCGGUAUGGAGAGGAUAGCUGGUUUGUGAGCAGCACGCCGAAGGCUGAAACAAUGGGCGUGGCAGACGGUGUGGGCGGCUGGCGUAGGCUGGGCAUCGAUUCUGGCCUCUUUGCCCAGGAGCUGAUGACGAAUUGCUGUGAGUUCGCAGAGCAGCCGCAGUACGAUGGCUCCGAUCCGCGCCAGCUGCUCAUCGAUAGCUUCGAUCAAAUGAAGAAGAUGUCGGACAAGGUCUGCGGCAGCAGCACCGCCUGCCUGGUAACACUGCAUCGGCGUGACUGCACCCUGCACUCGGCCAAUCUGGGAGACAGCGGCUUCAUGGUGCUGCGCAACGGAAAGGUGCUCCAUCGUUCCGAUGAGCAGCUGCACGGCUUCAACACGCCGUAUCAGCUGACUGUGGCACCGGAGCCGGGCAUGGAUUGCAUUCUAUGCGAUUCGCCCCAGCAGGCGGUGACCACGCACAUAAACGUGCAGCAGGGUGACCUGGUUCUGCUGGCCACGGAUGGCCUCUUCGACAAUGUGCCCGAGAGCAUGUUGAUUCGUCACCUGCAGCCGCUGCACGGCGAGACGCGAAUGGAGCACCUACAGCACGCAGUCAACCGAUUGGUGGACAUGGCCAAAACCUUAUCCCUUAGCAAUACGUUCCAGUCGCCGUUCGCGCUGAAGGCCAAGGCAAACAAUAUGAACUAUGGCGUUGGAGGUAAGCCCGAUGACAUAACGGUCAUCCUAGCCAGCGUCGAUGUGCCUGAUAAGGAUUGACGCACCUACAGAACAAGUUUGAUCCCACGGAUAAAUUCUAGUAUGUCAUUUUAACAGUCUUACCCUUUUAAGCAAUACGUAAUGACAAAUGAAAUUUUAAUUAUCUU